AUGUCAGCAGGAAUCAUAUUCUGCGUUGCGGUUUCCCUUGCAACAAUAGCAGUUAUUGUUUUGGCUGUGCUAUCACCUGUGUCGCACAAUAAGAACCAUGGAAGACCGUGGUUGGAUCUAUCCUUGUACAUCCAACAGCCUCAGAUACCAACCUUAAAGAGUGACCUCGUACCAAGGGAAGAUGGCGGCGCUUUGAUCUUUCCGCGCGUCCUGACAGAGGGACCGGAGAAGAGUUCACGUGAGGUUGGAAAAGCACAGGGGUUCGUGAUUCUCGGCGACAUGUUUCAGCAAUCGGCGUUUAACGUGAUGUAUCUGAGCAUCGACACCCCAGAUCAUAAGGGUACGCUGAGCGUGCAGGCUGAUGAAGACAAACAACAGCUCAAGGUCAUCGGAGGCACUGGUUCUUUUGCCUUUGCUCGUGGUCUUGCUUUUUUCACCAUAGCUGAUGAAGCUGCUGCUACUUACCAUCUCAAACUUCAGCUUCAAUUCCCCAACCAUUACCCAAACUCAUUACCACCAUGA